GGCGUGGGAAAUCUUAAAGGGCAUUCAGUCAUUUCUAGGUAGGUAAGCCUUUCAAGCGGGACACAACUGAGAUCCAUCUAGAACGAAAGAGUUGUGAGUCUGACCUCCAUGUAAUGGCUAUACACUUUCCAGCAACGCAGAUUAUAAAAUUAAAAAUUAUCCCUUUUCAGAAGGAGGCCAUAUUUCCAUGAAGUUAAAAAUAAUCACAGAGUCUGUAAAACUGUUGAAAUAAUUUGUUUUACACCAAGAUCUAAAUGCUGAGAGGUGAUAGUUAAAAUUAUUUCAAAAUAUCGAUUUUUAAAACUUCCAAGCCCAUCGUGAGAUAAGAGGCUGUGGAUUUUAUGAGUUGGAUGUUUUCAAAUUAGUUUUUGUUUUUAUUGCAGAUAAUAUGGAGAAUAGUGGUUUACGUGAUGGGAAUAAUCUUUUUCCUCACAGGGUCUUAUUUUGCACAGUAACCGGAAGUCAUUUCUCCCAACGAGACUUAUUUCUGUCUUUGCGCGCUCUGGAAAAGUGUCAGUCCUGGAGAUGCAGCAGAGCCCUCAGUCAGACAUCCUCUGUAGGAGUUGGGAAUUUUAACAUUGUAACUUUAGUAUGAUCGUUUCACUAAGAAGAAAAUCCUAAUCUUGUUUAAAAAAAAAACUGCAGGGGAGAAAAACAAGGGAAUGACUAAAGAUAGUGAUAAAAGCGCAAAAACUGCUCAACGCAGCCAGAAGCAGUCCAGGACGCAGCAGCAGGCUGUGGUCCAGAAGAAGAGGAAGGAUCUGCCCGCUAAAGAGGAGCAAACCGGCUCAUCUCUAAAGGACGCACAGUCUGGUCAGCGGGAGUGCAAAGGAGACAUGAAACCAGCCGGGUCACUGAGAAAGCAAGCGGGGAAAGCCUCUGCAGAAGUCCCCUCGGAGAGCCACAGGAGCCCCGGCGCGCAGAGGAAACUGUCGGACGCCAGCAACGCCUCCGAGGACCUGAGCAAAGACUCCGGCUGUCCGUCCGGGAAACUCUCCUCCUCGGACAGCAGCUCAGAGAUCUCAGACUCUGCUUCGGAGGGCAAUAAGCGUGACUCUCCGAGCAGCGAUAACGAGUUAAGCUGGAUCGACGGCAGAGCUUAUCGGAGCCCGGACAGCGGGGGGACGCGCCAGGGCACACCGUGCGCAAAGUCUGCGGCAGAGAUCUGCGCGCUCCAGCCGGAUGCGGCUGCAGCAGCGGGGCUCAGUUCGUACAAAACAGCGGGGUCCUUCCUGGAUCUCAUGAUGGGGGAGACGACCGAGGACCUGGUCAGGGAGGUGGAGGACCUGAGGUCAGAGAACGAGUAUUUGAAAGAUGAGGUGGAGGAGCUUCGCUGCGAGAUGCUGGAGAUCCGUGACAUGUUCCAGGAGGAGGAGGUGUACCAGCUGCAGGAGCUGCGGCUGCAGCUGGAGCAGGCCAAGAAGACUUGCCGCAUCCUGCAGUACCGGCUCCGCAAGGCCGAGCGGCGCAGCAUUCGGGUGGCUCAGACUGGGCAGGUGGACGGGGAGCUGGUCAGGAGCCUGGAGCAUGACAUAAAGGUCGCAAAGAGCGUCUCCCUCCGCCUGUACAACGAGCUGGAGGUGGUGCAGAAGAAAAAUUGCCAGCUGGAGUGGGAAAACGAGGUGCUGCGGGAGAAGACGCAGCAGCUGGAAGUGGCCAAGCAGGUCCUGCAGACUGAGGUGGAGAAAGCCAGAGAGAGCACUUUGAAGAAGAGAAGUAGCAGAUCAACAGCCAGUAAAGCAGAGAGGAGACUUUCUCAGCAGAUGGAGGACGACAGCACAGAUCUGAAGUGCCAACUCCUGUUCGCUAAGGAGGAGCUGGCUCUGAUGUGCAAGAAGCUAACGAAGCUGGUGUCAGAGAGCGAGGCCAUGCGUGAGGAACUGGGUCGAUACCGGUCAAGGUACGGAGAUGUAGACGCCGCCCAACUGCCUGAAGGCGCGCAGAGCUCCGCUCACGCCAGGGAAGCCGAAGUCAAAGUUCAUUUGAAACUGGUGGAAGAAGAGGCCACGCUCCUGAGCCGCCGCAUCGUCGAACUGGAGGUGGAGAACCGGGGCCUGCGAGCGGAGAUGUGCGAUUUAAGGGAGAAAACCGGAGGAGGAGGAGGAGGAGGAGGAGAUGAAGAUGUUUCAGAGGAUAAUCCGUCACUGACUCCAGCGAUAAAGGACGGAGAAAUGGGACCAUCGAUGUACCCUCAGCAUCAGAGAGAGGAGCCAGAGGAAGGACAAGGUGAUGCAGGGAGACAUUUGCUCUGCAGCCAAUCCCAGCUUGACAAGAGGAUCGGUGAAGGUCCAGUGUGUGGUGAGCAGGACUCUCCAGACAACCAGGAGAGAGACGAUAAGAAAAAACCUAAUAGACUCAAAGAGAUGACCUCCAAAGACUAUGAGUUUCUUGUCGCUCUCAGAGAUCACGCCUGCAUUUUAUCUUCCGCCAUUCAGCUUCUGCCGGUGCCACCCAGAAACGGACACAUCUCACCUCCCUCGUUUGCUCUUGCAUCUCAGACGGACGUAAGCUCAAAUGCCAAGGCGCAGGGGUCUUUAAUCGAGGCGCUGGAGCUUCUGCAGGCCAUGCUGCUGGCCUUCAUUGAGAAGAUGGACACGCUUCUGAGGGGUGACGAUGAAGGCAAGGACUCUGCUAAGAAGGACGGGCUCGCUUGGGAUUUUUCCUCUUUUCUCUGUGCGAACUAUGAACGUCUCAAGGAGUUGCAUGCGGAGGAACUCUGCACCACGCAGGCAAAACAGAAAGUUAAACAGGCCAGUCAAGGGGAAGUCAUGGACAGCUGGCGGGAUCCGAAACUGCAGCUGUCCUUGCAGAUUGUGUGGAUCCUUCAUCAGUGGUGCAAUGGAAGAGGAACAAACCCAGAAGGAAAAGAGUGUAAAGACAAAACCUUGUCUGUGCUGCUUGGGUUGCUGCAGGACCUCAGUUCAAAGCUUCGAGACGACGGCAAGGCAAAGUCGGGUCCGUGCGAAGAGGCAACCGAGCUAUCCAUCACUGCUGUUUUCCAUGAUGGGCAAGGCAUUGAAGCUCCCAGAACCUGCAGCACUAAAGAACAAAGAGUCCAACGUCUGUUUUCCCCACGGCGCUCUCAUAGGAAGAACUGGUGUUACCUGAGCCAGGAGGCCGCCCAGCUGGACCGAGACGAUCCAGUUAAGACGUGGGACCAUUUAAUCAUGCCCCUUAGCUUCCCUGAUCUUGAUUUUGAGCAGAUGUCAAUAGAGAGAAGCCACACCGCCCCAGAGAAGACGACUUUCCGCAUCUACUACAGCCCCCCUUCAGCCCGCAGAGUCCACCUGGCUCAUCUAAAACAAAGCCCCAUUGCAGACAGGGAGUCCGUAGACACCUCCUCUCCCUGGUGCACGCCGCCGACCUCCUUCUCUCAGCUCUGCCUGGGCUCCUCUGCUAACCUGAGCGACGAUAUGAAGGAGAUGACUGCCAGUUGGAGGCAAACGGUUCAUGGCAGCUCACCGGAGAAGAAAGGAAGAUUAGCAAGCCGCUGGGUGGAUGUAGCCUGCUCAGGUACUCAGACUCACACGAGGCCAAAGAUGGUGAGCGUUGGUCAGCAGACGGAUGAGACUCAGGGGUUGAUCGCGGUGAGAAACAGCCCCUCCAAAGUCCUGAGCUCCUCCCUGGUUACUGCUCGUUCCCAACACAUCUCCACCUCACUGGAUGGGCUAGCGGGUCGAGCUGAGAGGCCUAAAACCUCCACAUCCUCCCCCAAACUGUACCGCAGACACUCCUCUCUCUCCCCAUCCCCUAGUUUGAGCCCCUCUUCAUCCUCCUCCAGCUCCAGAGAUCGAGGGCUGUGGAACCUGUCGCAGCAGAACUCAAAUGGCCUGACGUGGACCCGACAAACCAGUCCCAGAUCAGGCGCAGCCCAGAACCUGAGCCACGUCAGCAACUCCAAGCCGCCCAGCAGAUACGCCGGCACAAACCGGUGUGGUUUGGUGACUGAGUUCCUGCGCAGGGUGAGUGGCCGAGUGGACAAAGCUGCUCCGCCGUCUUCCGGCCAGAAGACCAAGAACAGCCUGAAGAACCUGGAGCGGGCUCCGACAAGACCUCAGGGCGCCGCGCUGCACAGGAACGAUAGCGUGACCAGAAUCGUCAACCAGAGGUUCAUAAAGCAGAGAGAGGACGCAGCUCGAGCCCAAAGGGAGGAGAAGGGAGUCAGCCUGAACCAGAGAGUCAGAAACAGUCAGAGUACGGCCACAACAGAGGAUGGAAACUAUGAGUGCAGCUCCAGCAGCACUCUGACCUUCUGCUUCGCUCGUCCGUCUCGUCAGAGACCGACGUCCAUCCCGUCCAAACCUCAGCGACAGAGAUACUCGGCUCCGGCGGGCGCUGCUGCAGACUCCAGCUGUGGCUGAGAAGAACGAAACGAAUGGUGCUUUCUCACUUUAAAAACGCCAGAGAUAAGAACAGUGCAGGAGGCUUUUUUCAUAGUUAUUGUACAGCUGUUUUUAAAAGCAGAAUCAGCUUAUGUGACGUGUUUAGGGGAGCUCUGAGUAAACACAUUUCUGUGCAAUCUGAAUGCUCAUCUCUUUUCAUAGUUGGUUGUAGUUUUUUAUUUAUCUCGCUUUUGAUUAAUUUUUGUAUUUGGUCAAUGGUGUUUCGUAAAUGUUUGCUCAAACCUUUUGGCUUUAAAAGUUCAGAAACCUGAUUACAGUCCAGUCAUUACUUCCAGGAGAUCUGCUGACUAUUUACGCCACACGCUCCAGAAAAGAAACAGCACCUUCUAAGCACUUAAUAGGAUGAGAUUUCCUCACCUGUGGAGUUCACCACCCUCCUCCCUUCCUCCCUCUUUGUCUGUUUGACUCUUGGCUUCCGCUGAUGAGAAAAACAACAAGCAGGUCUUUAUAUCUGAUUUGAAUUUCUGACUCACCAUCAGUCAGAGGAACCAGAUCUGCUGAAACACUUACCUCCUCACUCAGCAGCUGGUCCACUGCGGUUAACGACGGCUCCAGGACUGAAGCACACAAUCACACGGGGGUCAGAUUUCCACUCAACCACAUGUGUUUAAGCUCUACGCUUAAAAAAACACAACAUACUGAAAUACUGGCUUUGCCUGCCAGCUGGAUAUACGCAUGACCUAAUUUAAAAAAAUAGAAUAAUGUGAGAAGGUACUGCUAGAAAUGUGUUUGUAACAAAUCAAUCUGACAAAUUCCUUCAAACCUUUUGAAAAUGGACUGAUAUGAUGUCAAGUGUUUUGCUAUUGUUUAAAAAAAUUUGUCAAUCUAGUUCAUUUUCCUGAACAUAUUGCUCCAAAAAGAUGGAUGGAAGCGUCUAAUGUAUUGUAGUAUGCAGUGCCUUGCAUGGUACCACGUUACAGCCACAAACUUCAGUGUAUUUGAUUAUAAUUUCUGUGUUAGACCAACACAAAGUGCUGCAUAAUUGUGAAG